AACCCCCCAUAUCAAAACGGCAGAACGACGUCGACGUCGUCGCGCUUGUAACUAACCAACAACAAGAACAAAAUGCAAUAAAUAAAAAAAGUUUAAGUUUAGACUACAUUCUAUAAGAAAAGCGUUAUCAGAGCGAAAAAAGUUCUUUUGUUUUUGUCGAUAAGCAGAUCAAACAUAAUAUCACGGUAGAAAAUAUCUAACGCAGCGCAAAAAAAAAAAUCAUUGCAAACUAAACUUUAACACAUAAAUUCAGUACAUGUACCAUAUCAGUAUAAAUGAAUGAUAUAAAAUUUGUAAAGUGACCAGAAUAUCUACAAUAAAAUACGAAUCAACUACAACUACUCUAUUAAAAAAUCAUCGAAGAAGUCCUAUUCCAAAAAUCCAUCCUACUGCUGCUUUGCGUCGCGCCUGUCCUCAUGCAGAACUAGGCUGAGUAGCAUAAAAAUAGAUUUUUUCUACAAAAUGACCUCGUACAUCGAGCUAUUUGGUUUAAUAGUGCUGCUGAUGUUGCCGUUUUUGUACGAGUCCAGUCAUAUUUUUCGUUAUUACUUCAAAUUUCUCAUAUAUUAUGGCAUCGUUUCAUUCAAUUCAAUUGUCCUGAUACCGGCAUUUCUAUUUCGACCCUGCGAUGUUCGCAAUUUACUUUGGGCCAGUACCUGGUGCCAUCGAGUAACAACACUGAUUGGUCUCAGAUGGGAACUUCGAGGCAAAGAACAUUUGGAGAAAGACCGGGCCUGCAUUAUUGUGGCUAAUCAUCAGUCCUCGUUAGAUGUAUUGGGUAUGUUCAAUAUUUGGCAUGUAAUGAAUAAAUGCACUGUCGUUGCCAAACGUGAACUGUUUUAUGCUUGGCCCUUUGGCCUGGCCGCAUGGUUGGCUGGUUUGAUAUUCAUCGAUCGUGUUAGAGGUGAAAAAGCCAGAGACACCCUGAAUCAGGUCAAUAGUAAAAUAAAAAAACAGAACAUUAAGUUGUGGGUGUUUCCUGAAGGUACGAGGCGAAAUACGGGAGAGUUGCACAACUUCAAGAAAGGCGCUUUCCACAUGGCUAUUGAAGAACAGAUACCUAUAUUGCCAGUGGUAUUCAGCUCCUAUUGUACCUUCUUGAAUGAUAAAAAGAAAAUAUUGAAUGCUGGCAAUAUCAUUAUCACCACUUUACCAGCCAUAAGCACCGAAGGGCUGACUAAAAACGACUUACCUGAACUUAUGGAGAGUGUGCACAAACUAAUGUCGGAGACUUUUAAACAGACAUCGGGCGAAAUAGUGCAGCGUUAUGCCUCACAAGCAAUAAAAAUCAAAAGUAAUUCUGCAGAGCAAACCGAUGACGGCGAAGAUGACAAUACAACUGUGAACCCUUCUCCCCCAACAACCCCUAAGAGAGUGGUUGAGACUUCUUCGCCAGCCUGCACUACAUCAUGUGAUUUGCCUAAGGCGGGAUCGGUGCCAACAACAUCGCAACAGACCAAAACACCAGCCACAAGUCAGGCCCAAGAUAUUGUAAAUAGAGCAACACAAAUAGAAACGAGCGCCCCAUCCGAAUACAAAGACAACAUCAAAACCAAAAGGCAGACCUUAGUUCAUUAGAGCUUAACCAAAGAAGCACAUACCAAUUUAAGAUAUUUAUUUCAUAAGCCCAUAAGCUGUGCUUGUGUUGCAAACAAUCCCCUUAUUGUAUUUUCUGUUUGUAUUUUGUCCAUACACAUACAUAUUUUUACACCAAAAUGUAUUAGAAAGUAAACGUCAUAUUAUUUUAUUAUCUCAUCGGUUGAAUAUAGGAAUACUCUCUUACAACUAUUGAUAAAGAUCGAAAUCCAAAGAUUUUAGUGAUUGCUCAGCAAGGCAAUGAUUAAGCAGAACCUAUAUGAGGACUUUGUGGCCACAUACAAAUAACAGAGAAAAGGGCCUUUACCACAUAUUGCAUUCCUUAUCUUCCUUACCAAGCGAGGACACUCCAUUUACAUUUCUAGUGUUUAGCGCAUAAUUUCAACCUUUGGCCAUCAUUAUUUCUUCAUUGAGAGUUUGCCAUCACACGAAUACACUGCAUUUUAAGUAUUAUCAUUCCCAUUCCUAUUUUUCGACAUAUCACCCAUUUACUUCAAGGGUGUCAUAACUUGCCAUUUCAGCCAGGGUUAGUGUGCAAUUCCUUUAUAUUUCAUUCAUCAUCAUCAUCAUCGCCCAAAAACACAAAUUUAUUUUCCACAUUCGACACUCAUGUGGUAAAUUAGUGAUUUUCAUUUAACACUCAUACACACACACACACACACACUCCUACACAUUUUUUAUUAAAUGCGAUAAGCAUUUACACCUGUAACUUGUCGUGUGGUUAAGAAAUCAUACACCUACGUCAUGGACAAAAUUGUUUUGAUUCAAGUGUGUUUCGAAAACAAUUUUCCGAUAGUUGAAUUGUUUCACCAGUUUGUUGCUUUUGGGACACGUUCUUUUCGUUUUAUGUUCGAAUAGUUUAUAAACUAAUUUAAGAAAUUUGUAAAAAAAACCAAGAAAAUUCUGUAACAAAAACAUUUUAAUUGAAAAAGAAAACAAGGCGUAUUUAAGAAAAUCAAAGUAUGUAGUCAAAUAUGUUUAAUUAUCCAAUACCAAUAAUUACCACACCAACCGAUAAAUUAGACAUAUGCCGGACUCACUCAGAUCAAUUUAUUUAUUGUAUAUUCCUAAAUAAAGAAAACAACGAUUUCAACUUAAA